UACUCGCGCGGUGCAGCCGAUCGAGCCGAAUCAAUACCUUCGACAUGGGGUUUCUAGGUGUCUACCGGGCUCUCUACGACUACGUGCCCCAAGCUGAGGGAGAGCUCGCAAUAAAGGAUGGAGACUUGCUCUUCAUCCUCGAUAAAAACGGCGACGAUGGCUGGUGGAAGGCAAAGAAGAAGGCCGGCGCUGAUGACGAGGAAGAGCCAACCGGUCUUAUUCCUGGUAAUUAUGUCGAGGAGGCCCAGCCAGUGGACCAUGCUAGAGCUUUAUUCGAUUACACGCGCCAGACAGAUGAAGAAUUGUCCUUUCACGAGGAUGCUACACUUGCUGUCUACGACACGGCGGACCCCGACUGGAUACUGACUGGCCUUGAUGGCGAAUACGGCUUUGUCCCUUCCAACUACAUCGAAAUGGGCGCAUCUGCUGAGUCUGCUCAGCCCCCGCUGCCGUCUCCGCCGCCGGCGCUACCUUCAAGACCACCACAAGCUCCCUCUAUCUCCUCCCCAGAACCAGAGGUCGCAUCUCUGGACCUACCGAAUGACACGGCACCUACCCCUUCGAACCCUGCUGCUGCUAUCGCAGGCGUCAUGCAUGGUCGCUCAGUUUCCCAACAAUCUCAGCAAGCUGCCGCUCCUCGACAGCCCCCUCGUGCGUCUGUUACGUUUAGCGAACCCCCCGAAGUCGAGGACGAGCCCGUACGAUCACCGACUCUGCCUGCCCGACCAAGAGUACCAGCGCCACCAUCUCCAACUUAUGACGAACCCCCCUCGCCUAUACACACCCGUAGUUUCCAAGACCACAGGGAUCCGGAUCGCCGCCAAGAUGUCGAGCGUACUCCUGGCGGCUUUCAUAUGUAUAACAUCAACGAGAUGAUUUCCAUCAUGGGCAAGAAGAAGAAGAUGCCCACAACAUUAGGAAUUAAUCUUUUAACAGGUAUCAUACUGGUUGCUCCGGAGCAUGCUUCUGAUGGACCUUCACAGGAAUGGACCGCUGACCGCAUGACGCAUUACUCGCGCGAGGGAAAGCACGUUUUUAUGGAGCUUGUGCGCCCAAGCAAGAGCGUCGACUUUCACGCCGGAGCAAAGGACACAGCCGAGGAAAUUGUCAGUAUGUUGGGUGAAUUGGCUGGUGCUGUACGUGCCGAAGGACUCCGUGAGGUGAUCAUGGCUGGGACACAGGGCAGCAGUGGUGGUGGCCAGAAAAAAGGCCAAGUCCUGUAUGACUUCAUGGCCCAAGGUGACGACGAGGUAACUGUUGCUGUGGGAGACGAGGUGCUUGUUAUCGACGAUACGAAAAGCGAAGAGUGGUGGCAAGUUCGCCGGCUCAAGAAUGGUAAAGAAGGAGUCGUCCCUAGCAGCUAUAUUGAGAUCACUGGCUCUAUCCCACUACCGUCGUCUAGCGGCAUAAACUCAGCCAAGUCCCUCGUCGAACAAAACCGCCUCGAAGAGAUCCGAUUAACCAAGGAAGCCAUGAAGGCUGGCAAAGAACCUCAGCAGGUAGGACCGGGAAUGCCUCUCCCUGAACGAGGCAGUAGCCUCAUGGCACGAGAAACUGGUAAUAAUUCGGGACAACAGCGGAGCCGUCGAGAAAAUGGACGAAGUGAUGGCGGCAGUCAAAGCCGAUCAAAGUCCAAGCCUGACGCGUCUAAGGUUCGCACCUGGACAGACCGUUCCCGGUCUUUCAGUGUGGAAGCCCAAUUUCUUGGUCUGAAGGACGGAAAGAUUCACUUACAUAAGAUGAAUGGUGUCAAGAUUGCAGUUCCUAUCACAAAAAUGUCGCGCGAGGAUCUCGAGUAUGUUGAAAACUUCACAGGCAUAUCCCUGGAAGACGAUAAGCCGUUGGCAGACGUCAAGAGAGCUCGGUCUGCCGAAAAGAAAUCCCCCGAACGUAGCCCUUCAGCAGGCGCAUCGGUCGACAAGGAUGCCAAGUCCGACUACGAUUGGUUUCAGUUUUUCUUGUCUUGCGAGGUUGCAGUGGGGUUGUGUGAGCGCUACGCACAAGCCUUUAUCAAGGAUUCCAUGGAUGAGAGCGUACUUCCUGAUGUGGAUGCCACCACUCUGAGAGCUCUUGGAAUCCGCGAGGGUGAUAUCAUCAAGGUCAUGCGUACUUUGGAUGCCAAAUAUGGCCGCAGCCGCGGCGGAAAGAGAGGAACUGCUGAUGGAGUUGAUGGUGAAGGGGGUUUGUUCUCUGGACCCGGCGGUGCGCUACGAAACAACACCCGAAAGGGUCGACCCGCGCCAGCGGUCCAAACAAGUGAUGUUGUUGAUGCCAGUGCCUUUUCACGAGGAGAUUCCUCCAAGACUGGCGAAAACGACAGCAGAUCACCCCCGCCCACCAGUCCUACGAAUAAGGGCCCCGAAACUCGUCAAGCAUCGAGCUCAGGAUUCGAUGACGAUGCCUGGGACGUGAAGCCUAGCAAGCAGCAAUCGCCACCUAAAGCUCAGCCUGCUGUUGAGUCUGUUCAGAAGCCUGCCCCUGCCCCUACUCCAGUCUCGCCCCCUCCCCCGGCCUUAACUGGUUCGAUGCAAGAGUUAUCGCUCCUCUCAACACCCCUCGAACCCACCAGGGCUGAACCACCAGCCGCCCCGGCACCGGCGCCUGUCAUUGCUGCUCAGCCAACCUCGACACCCGUAUCGCAACCGUUGGGCGGCGCUACCCCCUCAUUCUUUACAUCUGUUGCUCAGGCUCGGCAACGUCCUACUCCUCCACAGGCGGCUUUGCCCCCCCCCCCCAUGAUGCCUCAGAUGACUGGUGCUCUGCAAGGCCAAGUUGCGCCUCCUGGCCAGAGCCUGAGUGAGAUCACACAAGCCCGCCUGCAGCAGCAAUAUACGGCUCAGAUGCAGCAACAACAAGCCCCUCAGCAAAUGCAGCCCAAUAUGGCUGGAUUCCCAGGACAACAAGGGCCUGGCUUGAUGUCUUACGCCACUGGUGCAGGACAGUUCAUGCAGCCCAUGAUGACUGGAAUGCAGGGACCGAAUCAAUUCGUCCCAAUGCAGGCUCAACCCACAGGUUUUCAACCGCCUUUCCCCGCCACACAGUCGAUGUAUGGAGCACCUACAGGAGGCAUCAACAGCUACCUGCCUCCAGCUCUUGAACCUCAGCGAACAGGUAUGCCAGGAUUGCAGCCCCAAGCUACUGGUAUGACGAACAUGGGUGGUAUCGGUGGUAUGAAUAACGUGCAAGUCCCUCAGCCUCUGCAACCACAGCAGACUGGUCCACCUCCUCCCGUGCGAUUUGGCGUGACAAAUGAGACCAAGAAACUAGCGCCUCAGGCAACAGGGCGUAGGGCUAACCUGGCGCAAGCGACCCCCCAGAACCCUUUUGGUUUUUAA